GUUCCUCGGAAGGGAUCGAUUCACGAAAUUAUACGUUCGCGGAGUCCUCGGCCGUUCGAAGAAAUGGCGAGAACCGGAAGAAAACGAGUUUUCCUAGUAUCGAUGUACGAACGGAUACAGAUCAUAGGAUCGGAGCGAUGAUCGAACGACUGAAAACACGCGAAGAGGAUAAGUUGAGAACUAGGAGGGAACGGGGAAGUCCGGAGAGAGGGAUCAUUUCGUCGACGAUCGAGGAUCGUCGUCAACGACGUCGUCGUCGUUGUCUCGUCGACGAGGAGCUUGGAAAUCGUCGGGAGGACGACGCAAAAACGUCGGUUUGUUACGAUCAACGUUUCGACGAUUUCUCUAAAUCGAAUAGAGGCGAAGAAACGCGCGAGGAUCGUAGAAGAUCGAGGAGUAUCGAGAAAGUUUCUAGAUAUGAAUUAGGCCGUGCAAGGAGUAACGACGCGAAUGGUUUUCGAGAGUUGGACGAGCGAAUUCCAAGAUACAUGCUUCGAGAAGCCGAGUCUCAUGUUCGCGAGGAGAUGUCUGGGUUGAACGUAGACGACAAUAUUCGACGUGUAGAAGGUAGACGUGCGCCCUUCGAUAGGGACAACGACCGUCGAGAGAAGGAGAAUUCUUCGAGGAAGAGCCAAGACGCGUACGUGGUCGAAAUCACUCGUAGACGAUCAAGAUCCAAGGACGUCGAGGAGGAUCGAGCUCGUACGAAGGACGAGACGAAGAGCGGUAGUAUUGCUCGUCCGUACGAAGUAUUGCCCGGGGAAUUUGACGUUAGAAUACAGAGAUACGAAAGAGCAUCGAUCGAGGGUAAGAGGGAUCAAGAAUAUUUAAAAAAAAAUCUUCGCGAUCCUUCGAAGGAGAGAGAAACGAUCAGGAAGAUCUCAUUCAGCGGAGACACGGAUAUGCCAAAAAGGAUGCAUUCGAAGAAGGAUACCGGUAUAACGAGGAGAACGUCUUUCAAGGAUCAGGAUAACGAGGUACGAGGACGGAAUCCGUUCAAGAACGAUUCGGAUGGUGGAAUCAAGUGUACGAUAAAGAGUCGAAAGAGUGAUGUCACUGAAAGGGAAAAGACCGAAUUGGUAGAUAGUGCCGAUUUAGGAAGAAGAAGUUCUUUCAAAGCGAAACAUCCCGAGUACGGUAAGAUCUCGUUCGAGGAGGAGGAGAAAGAAAAAAGAUCGUCGAGGGAGCAUACGCGACUUUCUAACGCAAGAAUAAUAUCCUUCGGGGAUGAUAAAAUUGUUGGAGAAAGAAGACGGACCCUUGAUAAUCAAGAUCGUGGAAUAAUUACCAGUAUUUCUUUCAAGGACGAAAACUCCGUCGAGUCGACUACGAGUCCUGUACGUCGAGUCUCGAAAGAACCGAGAGAAAACAUUUUAGGGAGACGAAUCUCUUUUAAAGAUCGAGGGAUCGAAUCUGAGAGGGAACAUUCUUACGGAGUUUAUUGCGACGUUGGUAAGGAUCUAAACGAAGAAGAAUCAAGAAGGCGAAGUAGUUCGUUCGACGAUCGAUUCGUCGAAUCUGAUAGAAAUUUUUUCACGAGUCGCGAGAGAGGGGUACCCGCCGGAACGAGUCCUUGGAAGGAUCGAAAUGAGAUAGAAUCGAGAGUUCGCUCCUCGAAUGGGGCGAUGAUAAAGAAAAUAAGUGAAGAGGGUACUCGGGAUAAGAAAUUGGAAAGGCAUUCUCGAGCUUUUACAUCGGAGAGAGUAGACGAGGAUUUGAAAGAAAAUUUUCAAGAAACGAACGAUCGAAAGGAUUCUUGGCGCGAGGGUAACAGACUCUUUGCUGUAAGGUAUCUUAAAGAGAAUGGUAGAGGGAGAAGGACGGAAGGGAUCUCAGGAAGAGAGAAGAGUGGAAGUCUCGAAGAUGCUUACGAGGAGGACGAAGGAGACGAGAGCGAAAUCGAGCAAGAAGAUUCGAUUCGAACGAACGGCCGUCGUAUCUCCGAUAAUCGAGAUUCUGAUUCGAAGGGAAGAAUCGCUCGUGAACGAAAUGGUACGACUAUUGUAAGGAUUCGUCCUAAUAUUUCGGAAAAUUCGAGACGACGUCGACGUAUGCAAGAUUUUGGUCUGGAACGACGCAAAAGGUGCGACGUGUCUUCGCAGCGUUAUGAUAGCGAUGAGGAAAGCGGAGAGGAGGGUGAGGAGGAUCAGGGGAAGCAGGAGGAGGAAGAUAAGAAAAAGGUGAUGCCGAUUGUAAAGGAUGACGAGGAUGCUGACAACGAGCAACGACUGGAUUCUUGGCGCGGAUCUCGUAGAGAUGGCUUAAUACCAGGAAUACCCCAUGGAUCUACUCCCUCGAGAAGACUUUGGAAUUAUCGCGAAGGGGGUGUCCUGAUCACGGACGUCGAGGAGGGGCAGCCAUGUUUACAGUGUGGAGACGUGUGUCCUGGAUUUUCCCCACACAUUUGGAGAAAGAAUUGUACGAGUUGCAAGUGUCCUCGAGAGGAUCACGAUGUGUGCCACGAGGAAUGGGCAUCUGUUAGAUCCCGAUUGGGACUCAAAGCAGACGAAUCGAACGGUCUCCCUGGUUUCUCUGAUCCAAGAGAAAGAGGUCUGGCUUGGGCACCUCCUGGACUACCACCCCAUAAGGUGGACGAAUACUUUUCAAUGUUACCAGAAAUUUCAGUACCAAGGCUAGGUACUCCUGGCGAACGACUCAGAGAUCGUCAGUUAGCUUUCCAACUUCCUAAACAAGACUUGGCAAGAGCUUACUGUCGUUAUCUCGAUCUAAAACAUGCUUCCAGCGCGGAUGAUUUUAUGGCUGCGAGAAAUGAAAUAGCUUUGGAUAUAGGAACGGUUCAAGAAAUUGUUGAAGAAGGUUCGUGCUGUGGAGCUUGUCAAGAACCCCUAAAGUAUGGUAGCCUCGCCGUAUCGGCGAGUAAAUUGGGACUACUUUAUCAUCCGGCGUGCUUUCGAUGCGCUGAUUGCAAAGAACUCUUGGUGGAUCUUGCUUAUUGCGUACACGAAGAUAUGAUAUUUUGUGAAAGACAUUAUGCCGAACAAUUGAAACCUCGAUGUUCAGCUUGUGACGAAGUAAGUAUGGAUAUAUAUAUACAAUAUAUAUAUAUAUAUAUACACAAUUCUCAUAAUACAAUUAAUAAUUCAAUAUAAUAAUUUUGAACGAAUCAUUAAAUCAGCUCCGUCAACAAAGAUCUCAAUUCUAGUAGAUAAAAAUAGAUGCAAUCAUCUUGAAAUCUAUAUUGAAGUAAUGAAAUAUGUAACGUUUGGCUAAUUUUCGUAAGCAAUAAGACGUAAUUAAUAAUGAAAUAAGGUUAUCAUCGAACGAUAAUCAAUCGGUAGUUAAAGUAGGAAUCAAGAAGAUUCGUAUGACCGACGGAGAUUAUAUCUAUCGAAAUCUUCCUUAUCGACGGUAACGCGUUUUGUCGGAAGCGGUCGAUUUUGAAUCUCGAUAAAGGCAAAAUCUUUUUAUAGUAUCAAAUAUUUGAAGUGAAGGUUGAACAAACUCGAAUAUGCUAUUAGAAUUUAUUUUUUAUUUUUAAAUGUAUAACCAAGCGCAAACUCAUGUAAAUAAUUCUUACAAAUUUAUAAUCUAUUAUCAGGUAUAUCUUUUUGAUAGCAAAUUAAUGCGAUCGUAAACGUCUCUUAAACAUUUAUGGCAAUGCCAUGGUGAAUCAAAAACCUGAUUUAUUAAAAUUACUUGGAUCAGUUUGGAGAAUUUUUCUUGCGUCGUUGACAUUGCUUUCGAGCACGGGAAACCUGAAAUUCCGGUGCUGACCUAAAUACGAUGAUCAAGGAGAGAUCAUUAAUCAGAUGUCUUUUUCGUUACGGUUCGUUUAAUUUAUCUUUCGUGAAUCAGGAUUGUAAUUUUACUCAUAAUUAUUCAUUAUUACAUAAUACAUGAAAAUACACAUCAUUAAUACAGUUUAGUAUCAUAUUAUAUUAAUAAAUAAGAUUUUAAUUAGACGUUUAAGAGAAAUAGGAAAAUUUGGUACAUGUUCUUAAAAUAUUUGGGCCAUAAUGCUAUUACGAAUUGUGUGAUUUCGCAUCGUUGUCUUUUACGACGCAACGACUGGCUCGCUUUAUUUAGAUAAACGAAAAUAGCGAUCGAGGAAAGUUGGAAAGAACGAAAAUAUUACACUCGAUCAUUCGUCAGCCAUGGAAUCGAGCAAUGUGAAUUACAUAUAUAGUUGAUCGAACUUUGUUUAUUUACAUGACAUAAAAUUUAGAAAGAUACAUACAAUGAGUCAUAGUAAUUUAACAGUUGUUCUUUUUAGGGUCGUACGAAGUUCUAGUUCAUCAAAGAAACGAGUGUACUAAAUAAAAAGCAGUAUAUUCAGAA